CACAACUAGCCUGUAGUUUUAACUCUGACCCUCCCGUGGCUGUCUGACCUUGCACAGUUAAUUUUUCUUCCUAUAUCUACAGGACUAUUGGAGCAGUUUAUUAAAGCAGACUUACUUAAUAUGGAAUAUAUGUGGAUUUCCCAGAGCUGGAACAUGGCUAGUUUCCUAAACAAUUGUGUAAUGUUAAAAGACUGAAUGGAAGCAUUAUAAUCUUAAGGCCUUCAAAAGAAUCCAGGAACAUUCAGUGUGACAGCUGUAUCAGCAGAUGACAAUACUACUUGGGGAAAAUGGUAUUAUUGCUGUGCUUUCUUAAGACACUGUGCUGGGCUCAUUGAAGAGUGAGUGAGCUGCAAAUGUGUCCUCUGCCUACAAGCUGCCUACAACCUGAGCGAGUGCGUGGCUUAGCGACCCCCUGUCAGCUGAAGUAGAGCUGGGGUUUUGGAAGACUUCUGGGAAUGUUUGCCCAGCAUCUUGAACAGGACAGACACACAGUUGGCACUUGGAUUUCUUUGAUCCAAGUUAAGUCCAGCAGACAUCAUCUUGGAGAAGCAGGGACCUUGGAGGAGUUCAUGGAAGGCCACCAACCGUUAUCCUAUGAUGAGGCAUUUGCUAUGGCUAAUGACCCCUUGGAAGGCUUCCAUGAAGUAAACCUCGCUUCACCUACUUCUCCAGACCUUCUUGGUGUGUAUGAACCAGGAACUCAAGAGCAGACUACCUCACCAAGUGUCAUCUACAGGCCACAUCCUUCAGCUUUAUGCUCCGCCCCUAUCCAGGCUAAUGCCUUAGAUGUUUCCGACCUUCCUACACAACCUGUGUAUUCAUCCCCCAGACGUUUAAAUUGUGCAGAAAUAUCUAGUGUCAGCAUCCAUGUUACAGACCCAGCACCUUGUUCUACCUCUGGAGUCACAGCUGGGUUAACUAAAUUAACUACAAGAAAGGACAACUGUAAUGCAGAGAGGGAGUUUUUACAGGGUGCUACCAUAACAGAGGCCUGUGAUGGCAGUGAUGAUAUUUUUGGGUUGAGUACUGAUAGUCUGUCCCGCUUACGAAGCCCAUCUGUUUUGGAAGUUAGAGAAAAGGGCUAUGAAAGAUUAAAAGAAGAACUUGCAAAAGCUCAGAGGGAACUGAAGUUAAAAGAUGAAGAGUGUGAGAGGCUUUCUAAAGUACGAGAUCAACUUGGACAGGAAUUGGAGGAACUCACAGCUAGUCUAUUUGAGGAAGCUCAUAAGAUGGUGAGAGAAGCAAAUGUCAAGCAGGCAACAGCAGAAAAACAGCUAAAAGAAGCACAAGGAAAAAUUGAUGUACUUCAAGCUGAAGUAGCUGCAUUGAAGACACUUGUAUUGUCCAGUUCUCCAACAUCACCUACACAAGAGCCUCUGCCAGGUGGAAAGACACAUUUUAAAAAGGGGCAUACAAGAAAUAAAAGUACAAGCAGUGCUAUGAGUGGCAGUCAUCAGGACCUCAGUGUGAUACAGCCAAUUGUAAAAGACUGCAAAGAGGCUGACUUAUCCCUGUAUAAUGAAUUCAGAUCUUGGAAGGAUGAGCCCAUAAUGGACAGAACAUGUCCUUUCUUAGACAAAAUCUAUCAGGAAGAUAUUUUUCCAUGUUUAACCUUCUCAAAAAGUGAGUUGGCUUCGGCUGUUCUGGAGGCUGUGGAAAACAAUACUCUAAGCAUUGAACCAGUGGGACUACAACCUAUUCGAUUUGUGAAAGCGUCUGCAGUUGAAUGUGGAGGACCAAAAAAAUGUGCUCUCACAGGUCAGAGUAAGUCCUGUAAACACAGAAUUAAAUUAGGGGACUCAAGCAAUUAUUAUUAUAUUUCUCCUUUUUGCAGAUACAGGAUCACUUCUGUAUGUAACUUUUUCACGUAUAUUCGAUAUAUUCAACAGGGACUUGUGAAACAGCAGGAUGUUGAUCAAAUGUUUUGGGAAGUUAUGCAGUUGAGAAAAGAGAUGUCAUUGGCAAAGCUGGGAUAUUUCAAAGAGGAACUGUGAUGCUCUGCCUGGGACCGUGCAUGAACCUCCCUGAAGACCUGGAAAAUGACUGAAUAUUUUUAUGGUUACUUCAUAUUUAUUUCCUUUCAAGGAGUGGGUCCAAGACUUUUUCCCUCUUUUGCAAAUUACACUGAAAAGUACUAUGAUUUCUUUUAAACUGACCUAUGCUGUGUUUGCUUAUUUAGUUGAACACACUAUAAAGAAUUACAGGUGUACUAGUGAUUGUAAUUUAUAGUUGCAAAAAAAAAGCUAAAUAAAUAAAUAUUAGAUUGAGUGUAUUUUUGCUUUCUCUUCUAGCUCUGACAUGAUAUAUAGGGUCAGCUGAAUAUAUUGAAUUGUAGUUUUCAAACUUCAUAGCAGCCUGCAAAAGACAAGAGAAGGGUAAGUGAACAGGAUCAGCUUCCUUCCCCCCCCACUACAAUGACUCUAUUUUUGUCUGUUUUAUAUGUUAGGAUUGAAAAACAUUUUAUUUAAAGAAAGAUUUCUUCUGAAAAGAAAGUUACUUUUAUUCAUUCUGUUCUCUGUAACUUAAAGAAUCCCUUUAUUAUGGUGAUUAAUAGAGGACAAUCACAUUUUAUUCUAGAGAUGCAUUCUUGAACAUCUUGAUGUAGUGUAUUUAUACUUUACAUACAUUGAGCACUGUAGUAAUCAUUGAAAGGGUAUAAAGAUAAAUUAGGAGUUUGAUGUGUGCUCAGGGGAGUUGGAAAGGGUGUGGGUUGAAAGAGUGAUACUUGCAAAGGAUACACUGAUCCCAGAGCCACUCGAUCUGUCAGUUUCAAAUUGUAAAACAAAUGGUGUGCAAAAGCAAAAAGAAGAAAUGAGAAACCACUUUAGUCCCUCCAUCUAGAGAAAGCUACUCAAUAUUUUUGAAGAAUAGACUUUCAGAUAUUUUCUACCUAUGUGUGUACAUUUCUGAAACAAAGUAGACUUUCUUUUUUUUUUACUUAAAAAUUCUACAAAUCUGGAUCAAUGUAAGGUUUUGAUGAUAGGAUGUUAACUAAUUGUGUUUGGACAUUAGUUUGUUUUAAAUUUCUUUUUCUUGUCAUAAUGCUGUGAUGAGGAUCCUUUUGUAUACUUCUUGGAACAUUGUUGGCUUAUUUCCUUCAUGUAGAUGCCUAGAAGUAAAAUUGUUGGGUCAAGCAAGGUA